AUGUCGAGUAAUAGUUCUUGGUCUAACAACGAUUCUUACCAACUGAGGAACAAUCCUAAUAAUGGUAAUAACCAUAACCCACAUUUAAUGUCACAACAACACUCACAAUCUGUAAAUAUUCCUUCUCAUUUGUUGCCUCAAGCAUUUAUAGAACAACAACAACAACCACCACAACCACAACCACAACAAUAUCCGCAAGACGGCCAAGCUCAUAACAAAAACCCACCAAUCAAUAAUCGUUUUCAUCAAUCACAACCACCACAACUGCGCCAUCAAUACAUCCCAUCCAAACAAGAACAAAUGCAACAACCUUACCCAACUGCCGAACAAAAUAAUCAACACUUUCCUCCACCACAGGAAAGAUCAUAUAGUUUUUCAUCGACUAUGGAUCCUGGCUCACCUAGCAAAAUGACGCCACCUAAUUUUUCACAAAGGAACCAAUCAUUUUCUGGCUACCAACAACCACCACCACAACAACAACAGUAUCCGCAGUCACCCCAUAAGGCAUAUAACCAACAAACCCACACUCACCAAGGUGGACUUCAACAGCCAUACAUUGCGCAAAGACAAAACAUGCCACCUGGAUAUAUUAACCAGAAUCCAUAUUCUCAGCAAAAUAGAUCAGUAUCAUCUUUGACUCAAGAUAGGACAGGAGCACCAGUACAACACCUUCCUUAUCCUGUCAACAAUGAUGAUCCUGGAUAUCAACUACAACCACUGGCAAUUCAAUCACACCACCCACCACAACAACAACAACAACAACAGCCUCCACUCCAGACACGUAGACAACUUCGUAAGGCCCCUUCGAGCAACUUGCCCCCAAUUCAAACUGAUCAAGUUUACUAUAGCCCUGAUGCUAGAAGAAUUGUUUCCACACCUACACACCAGCAGAAUUUUCCCACUCCCAUACCACCAGAAGCUAGAACAAAAUCACUUACUUCGGCAUCAUUAAAACACCAGAAACAACCACUGCAACCUCUGCAACCAUAUUUCCAACAAAUCUCUGAACUGCCAGGUAAAGACAGCAACGCUCGUAAUUCCUCCAGCAGUUCCCUUCAUCAUACAUUUUCCUUAACCUCAAAAUCGCGAUCAUUUACAUCUAUCAGUAAAUUGUCGUCUUUAUCAACUAAGAAAUUCGGUUCCUCUUCAUCCGUCAAUACCAACAAAUUAGAUCGUUAUCAAUCCAGUGGAACUAUUAGAAACAAUCACAAUCAUAACCACACCAACCAAACUAGCCACAACAUUCAUUAUGCUAAACCAUCAGUAUAUCCCGCAAUUUUAUCUGAAGUGGCCAAAUUGUUUAAAGAGGCGAUUAUUUUGACGAUCAACACCAAGGAUGGUUUGGAAUACCAUGAUACUUUUACCGGGAAAAUGGCAGUUGAUAUAUUAUGUCGCAUUAUUCGAACAAAUGAUCGUAACUUGGCCUUGUUAUUGGGAAGAUCAUUAGACGCUCAGAAGUUUUUCCAUGAUGUUACUUACAAUCAUAGAUUAAGGGAUUCGGUACAUGAAAUUUAUGCCUUUAACAAUGUUUAUAAUGAUGUUGAUUUUUUCAACGAAGAAAAUGGAGGAGCUGGUCUGGUUAGCAAUGGGGAAAAUAGUGCAUUAAAUUCCAAACAUGGGUCGUUUCUUGAUAGCAGCACACAGUUACAGAAUGCUUUGAAUGACCAUAUAUCCGAUUAUCAUACCUCACAAAGCAGUGGAUCAUUAACUAAAAUUGCUAGUAGUGCCACUGGUAAUGGUUCAGUAGGUGUUGCUGGUAAGGAGUUGAGUGCAAGUCAACAAACAGGUGUUAAUGGAGUUUUCACUAUUUUGACAGAAUGUUAUUCGCCCACAUGUAGCAGAAAUAGUCUUUGUUACAGUAUUGCCUGUCCAAGAAGAUUAGAGCAACAAGCUAGAUUAAAUUUGAAACCUCAAGGUGGUUUGCAACGUGCUGUUUCAAAAUUAUCAUUGCAUGAUCAGGAAGAAACCGAAACUUUAUGGCACAAGACUGUACCUCAAUCAGUUUUAGAUAAAUUAGACAAGCAUGAAAAGACUCGACAAGAAUUGAUUUAUGAAUUUGUUUAUACUGAACGUGACUACGUCAAGGAUUUGGAAUUUAUGACUGAUUUCUACAUUAUGCCGUUACGAAAUCCUGCCAAUAAUAUUAUUCCUGAUUACCAAAGAGAAACAUUUAUUCAAACUGUGUUUGGGGGAGUGCCUGAUUUGUUGAGAUUGGCCAAGAGACUCAGUGAAGCAUUAACUCGAAGACAACAACAACAAAAGCCCGUUAUUGAGACCAUUGGUGAUGUAUUUUUAGAUUAUGUUGGUGAUUUUGAACCUUUUGUGACAUAUUCUGGAAAUAAAGUGUUUGCUACUUUUGAACAUGAAAGACAACAACAAGUUAAUAUGAAAUAUGCUAGAUUCUUAGAUGCGAUUGAAAAGAAACCAGAAUCGAGAAGACAAGAUUUAUCAUCUUUUUUAAUUAAAGGGGUUCAAAGACCAGCAAGAUACCAGUUAUUGUUAUCGGGUAUUUUGAAACAUACCAAGCCAGAGUCACCCGACUACAAGUAUUUGACGAAAGCAAAAGAAGAGAUUGAGAAAUUAUUGGUGAAAAUCAAUAUCCAAACUGGGGAAUGUACUGAUCGACACAAAGUCAUGGUUUUGCAUAGGUUAUUGGGCAAACAAACUUUGGAAAAUAGGUUUAAUUUCAAAUUAUCCUACAAUAAUCGUAUUAUCUAUCAAGUGACUUUGAAUAGAAAGAGGGAUAACGAAAAAAUUGAUUUAUACUUGUUUGAACAUGCGUUGUUAUUAGUGAAACACAAGAUUCAAAACAAGCGUGAACAACAUAAAGUAUUUGAAAAACCAAUGUAUUUACCAUUGUUAUUUGUCAAUAGUGGUAUGGAGAUCCCCACUAAUAGAACAAUCAUGCCUCAUAGAUACCAUGGAUCCUUGGUAUCUGAUACUAGUAUAAGACCUCAAAGAGCAGAAUCUAAUUAUAUUGGUAAUACUUUGAAUUCUUCAUCAACACCUAAAUUCCAAUUGAAUUUUUUUGGGUUAGGUAGUAAUCAAGUUCACGCCUCAUUAUUUGCUGAUGACUUGACUAUUCAGAACCAAGUGUUGCUGCAAAUAUCGGCCCAACAGAAGAAAUUAAUUGAUGCUAAUGACAUUUUUUCAUUGUGUAAAUUUGAAACGAGAAGAUUCACUGGGAAUAAUAAAAUCAAUUGUGCUGUUCCUUGUUAUGGUGGGAAGAAAUUGUUGUAUGGUACUGAUUCAGGGGUAUGGGUUAGUACUGUUCGUUCAAUUAGUGCCACAUCUAAUGAAAAAAUCUGUAGUGAUCCCACUAUGGUCAUUUCCAAAACUUAUGUCACUCAAAUUGAAGUGAUUGUUGAAUACUCCAAGUUGUUAGUAUUGAGUGACAAAUCAUUAUAUGAAUUUGAUUUAUCUUGUACCGAUUCUUUGGAUCAUGUGAAGAAUACCAAACUGGGGAAAUUGCUUUUGAGUCAUGUGUCAUUUUUCAAAGUUGGUGUUUGUGAUGGGAAAUUGCUAGUGAUUGGUGCUAGAACAGGUAGUCUGCAUUCAAUUUGUAUAUUUGAGCCUGUUAAUCCAUUUGAUAAAUCGAAUAAGAAUAAGAACAAGAGAUUAGAAAUUCAAGAAAUUAAUUUCAGUUCUGAUCCAAUUUCCAUCUCAUUUUUGAAGACUAAACUUUGUAUUGGGUGUGCUAAAGGUUUUGAAAUUUUAUCUUCUCAAACAGGAACCAAAGAAUCGAUUUUGGAUGAAGCAGACCCUUCAUUAGAUUUUGCAACACAAAGAGAAAGUGUGACACCAUUAGCAAUUCAUCGAUUAGGACGUGAUUUCUUAUUGUGUUAUUCUGAAUUUGUAUUUUUGAUCAAUCGAAAUGGAUGGAGAACAAAUCAUGAUUGGGGGAUAUUUUGGGAAGGUAAUCCACAAAAUGUUGCGAUUUUCUUCCCUUACUUGCUAUCAUUUGAACCUGGAUUUGUUGAAAUUAGAGAUUUGCAUACAACUAAUUUAUUAAGAGCUUUAACGGGAGAGAAUAUUAGAUUUUUGCAUUCGAACGAACAUGAAGCUAUGUUUGCUUGUGAAGAAAAUGGAUAUGAUAUUAUUAUUUCCAUUGAUUUCUUGAAUUUGAAACCAAAGUCUCCAACAUAA